AUGAGCUCUAUAGUAUAUUGUACCGGCACCAUUCGAUUCAUAUCAAACGGUCGAAGAGAUCAAUCUCGAGCUUAUUCAGACAGAUCUUUAAUCGAACUACUUCAAGACAAUGCUGGUCGUUAUAUAUUGCGAGCUCUUGAUAUAGAAAAUAACAAAAGCGAGAUUUUCUGUUUGCCUAUAACAAAGGCUGACUUGUAUAAAUUUGGAAGCUCAGAUAGUGAUGCAGACAACAUUGAUCAUCCAGAUGGGACUUAUAGUGUACUUUUAAAAAGACAGUUACGUGGAAAUUUUCAUGAAAAACUACGCGAAUGUUUCCGGACAUUGGAUUCGGUGAACUCACGACCACGGGAUACCAAUUCAAGCAGAUCGGCUGAGAAUAAACCGUCGACUGGACUACAGAACACAAGAAGCAAAGUCAACGAAAAAACCAUUCUCGCCGAUAUCCAUAAUUUGGGUGAAUAUAUACAAAACGGUAAAGAAAGUAAAGCUGCUGAACUGAUUAAGAAUUUAAUAGCAAGUGGUGUUCGACUUCGCGUUGAUACUGUAAAAGACUCACAAGACGAUAAGACAAUUAAAAUUCAAAUAAAGAUUGAUGGUAUCGACCCACGAAUAAUAAACCAUGGAGCCACUCUAGAUAUGGAAGUUUAUUCAUCGACCAAAAUUCGCGAAUUACGAGCCCUCUUUGAAUACACACAUAAAUUUCCAUCAGUUCAUCAAUAUUUUUUUGUUAAUGGUCAUUUAGCCGAUGCAGAAUCAACAAUGAAUAGCUUACAAAUUCAGGAUGGUUCAUUAUUUGUUUUGUUUUUAACUACAACAUCCUAA